AUGGCGCUCAACCGAAAAUAUGCAAAUUUACCAGACUUGGACCUCUCGGCUCCAGACAUCUACGAGACACCUGAAUUGACAGACGACAACUCGACGAUACCCGUGCGUACACAGCUAUAUGCCUAUUUGGCAAUAUGGACCCCUUCUAAUUAUUCUCAGACCACAGCCGCCCGUACGCAAUCGGACGAUGAGUUUUACGAUGUUGAAGACGACACGGACGGCAUCUCGCACUCCCGACUACGGAUUGGCGACGCCCGUUCGCGAUUCGAGCCCGCUGCCGUCGACACAGACGGCGUCGACUUUUCUGAUCGCGUGGAUGGAAAGCGCAAGUCAUACAAGGCCUCAAGCCGUCGCCAACGGAUUCUACAGGACGGAACUACCGAGCUAGGCGAUCUAUCCGAAGACGACGACGAGGAAAGCCUAGAGCGGCGCAUUGCACGGCUGACGCGCGAGGUACAAGAAGCAAAAGACGAAUAUGCCAAGCUCAAAGCCUCCCCAGACACGCAAGACGACACGCGACUGCAGUCCCUGAGCGACUUGCUGGCCACCAUGUCGAUGCCCAGUACCAUCACCCACGAGACGAUACCAACCAAGACGGCAACCCCUGCCGACAAGGACGCUACCGAGGAAGACGUCGGAAGCUCUACGUAUACCAUUACCUACGCGCCGGCGUACGAACAGACACACGCGCUCGCAAAAGCAGCCGACUUUGACCGCCGGCUGCUCGCCCUCGAAAAGGGUCUGGGCAUCAGCUCCUCCCUGUCCGCCGAAGCGGGCGCGGGUGGCCUGCCGCGUGCCAUCCUACCCACCCUCGACAACAUGGACAAGCAAAUUGCCACACUGGCGCAAGCAUCCACCGCGAACCUCGACGCCAUCAGCCGCCGCGUCCGCACGCUGGCCUCGGACCAGAAUGAGCUCAACGACGCCCGCGAAAAGGCCAAGGCGCUGCGCGAGGAGCUGGGAAAGGGCGGCCCCCACAUACAGGCACUGCCACCGGGGGACGGUGCGGCCGAGCAGGAGACCAAGAUCAAUGCCCUGUACGGCGUGCUCCCGACGAUUGAGAGCUUGGCGCCAAUGCUGCCGCCGCUGCUGGACCGCCUGCGCUCGCUGCGCGCCAUCCACGCGGAUGCGGCCGCAGCUAGCCACACGAUGGAGCAGCUGGAGCAGAGGCAGGCCGACACGGCGGCGGAGCUGAAGCAGUGGCGGGAGGGCCUGCAGAAGCUCGAGGAGACGAUGGCGGAGGGCGGCGCCACGGUCAAGGGCAACAUGACGGUCAUGGAGGGAUGGGUCAAGGACCUGGAAGAGCGCAUGGCUAAGCUGGGCUGA